CUGUAUCUGCAGAGGUAAUAUACUCUCCCUGGAGAGCAGAAGCUUCAAUCUCACAAGAUUUGACAGACCAGAUGCUUCGGGUGGAGAGGGUAGAUGAAGGACACUUGAGGUUCCCUUCCAUAUCCUCAAAUCUUCUGGAUCAAGAUGUUACACAGGUUUCACAAAUGGCUAGCCUCACAGAACAAGGGUUAAAUGUUGGGCCAGAACAGAUUAAGGAAGCUGAAGAAGAAGAAAAGAAGAUCCAACAGUUAUUUCAACCAGCCUUCGAGGCCUACUUCGAAACAAUCUUCAGGGCAGUGGAAAGACAGGUUCAAGAGGCUUUGGCGAGGACAUCACUACUGGAUAAACUGAAAAUGGGACUCUUCCAAAACAUGAAGAGACUUCUGGUGCCGUCAAAGAAAGAACUCGACCACUCUUCUAAGGUCGGCUCUUUCUUAGAUAUGACACCGGAAGAAAAUGAGGAUCUGGUGGAGAGACUAACUUCAAAUGCCAAAUAUUGGUACGAAGACCGAGCUCCACAACAGAAGGCUGGCAUGUACGAAGUGGAUUCCUUAACAGCAAGCAUGGAAAGUUUGAUCAAACAAAUUAUUCAAGAUCAGUUCAGUGCAAGCUCCCGAUCCAACAAACCAUACGAGUCAGUUGCUCAGGCUGAUAACUACUGUCAAGGCAGUUCAAGUUCGCACUCAAACGAACUUGUUCUAUCUUGUGAAUCAUGUACAGGUGCACACUUGACAGCCCAGUGCCCUUACUAUGAAAGCCCGAUCAAGGAAAAGCCUAGAGAAGCAAAUUUGGCCCAGCAAGCUAAGGAUCCCACGACCGAGAUGAAGAAAAUGCUAGAAGAAAAAGACAAGAAAAAUGAAGAAAGAAUCCAGAGAUUGGAGGAGUCGAUACGACAACUUAUGGAACAAAUGACGAUCCGACCUCCAGGAACUCUGCCGGCCAAAACUGAAAACAACCCACGAGAACACCUCAAGGCUGUUACCUUGCGAAGUGGGAGGGAAACUAAGGGCAUUGGCCAGAGUUCUGAACCAACUCUGAAGGAUUCUGUGGCUGAACCAGCCAAUGAGCCAACUGAGAAGAGGAAAGAAGAAGAAAAGAAUCCAGAAGAAAAGAAGGACGAAGAACCUUUCCAGUCCCAACAUCCAAAUGGCGAUCUCCCGCCAAAGAAGGUGACCAUACCCUUUCCUUCAAGGGUAAAGAAGAGCAAAGAUGAGAAAGCCUUCAAGAAGUUCUUAGACAUCAUGGGCCAAGUUGAAGUCAUAAUUAGAACGUCGUAGUUCUCAUAAUUAGAACGUCGUAGUUCUCAUAAUUAGACGUGGCCUCUAUCUUUGUAACAGCCUCAUAAUUAGAACGUCGUAGUUCUCAUCUAUGUUAUUAGAGCGCCUACUCUAUGGACUAAAGCUAUGUUUAAAUCACACGAGAUGACUUAAACAAUUUUUAGGGCCUAUUGUUCUUGAUAUAAUAUAGAUAUGGAAUCAUA